CUUUGCUGCAUGCGAGCAACCGUACUCAUUCCUCGAAUAUCACUUUGAACUCUGCCAUUCCAUCACGGCGUAUAGUGUAAUAGGGAGUACAAUAGCGAGUACACUGUACGAGUACCAGACGUCCGCGACACCUCCGCAUUCCGAAGUUUUGCCGAUCGGCGCGCGCCAAAGCUGCUCAACUCUCUCCCAACUACUGACUAUACAAAGGUAGCAAGCUCUUACAACCCAUCAACCUUUCUUCUUUGUUUGCGCAUCAUCCCACCCUCCAUCCGCGGCUUUUAUAGUCUUUGGAUAUGCACCCUUGAGCCCACAGCGCGACCCUCGAAUAAUCCGCCGCUUUUCCUGGUUCCCUCGCCAUGGCAACUUCACUCGGCGCGAACGGCGCGAACGGCUAUGGCUCUGGAUCUGGGGCCCAAUCCCUCCCCGCGCGUUUCUCCAAAGUACCGAAUGCUAUUUCCGUCGCCGUGACUGAAGAUGGCGAUACUAUCGAUGUCGAAAUUGCUCUCGAUGACGAAAUUCAAGAUGACCCGACCGAGUUGUGCACCUUGCUGGAGAAUGAAAAGACGGCCAAAAGCACCUGGGUCACGGUCGCGAUAGCUUAUGCAAAGCAUGACAAGGCUGACGUGGCCAUUGAAGUCCUCAUCAAGGCCAAAGAUGUGUGGGCUCGCGGCCGCGCCGAUGACAGACUCAGCAUCCUCAACGGCCUGUGUUGGUUGUACCUGUUCAAGUGUCGCGCCGCGCCGCGUCUCAACGGAGGCGACAACAGCAUCCAGACCAAAGAAGACUUUCUCCAGCUUGCUACCGCUCAGCUUAACGAGGCUUCGCGCAUCAGCCCCUCUUACCCGCCGUUAUACCUUGCCCGCGGCGUUCUCUACCUUUUACGUGCCUCUCUCCAGAGCUCAACUGCUACCACAUCCAGCGUCGACCGCGUUGAUCAUCUGAGACAGGCUAUGAAGUGUUUCGAUGACGCACUACGCAACUCCAACAACCGAAAUCUCAUGGCUAAAAUGGGUAAAGCAAGGUGCAACUAUUCCCUGGGAAAGUAUGCCGAAGCACUGAAGGGAUAUCAGAGUGUUCUUGAGAGCUCUCCCGGUCUCCUUGAUCCAGAUCCCCGAAUUGGAAUUGGUUGCUGCUACUGGCAACUCGGCUUCAAGGACGAUGCCGCCAGCGCUUGGCGACGCUCUCUGGAGUUGAAUCCGGGCUCCAAAGUUGCUCUUAUCCUCCUUGGCUUGUAUAACCUACAUCUCACAUCUCAGGUCCCGGCCAAAGAUCCGAAAUUUGCUGCUCUCACGAAGAAGGCCAUGACUGAAUACAUAGCUCCUUCUAUGAAACUGGACAACAUGUAUCCUCUCACUUGUGCCACGCUUGGAAGCUGGUACAAUGUCCGCAAGGAUUUCGAAAAAGUCGAGACCCUCUCGCAACGUGCUAUCCAACUCACCGAUGUCAAUGCUAUCGCCGGUGAUGGCUGGUACCAGCUCGCGAGAAAAGAACAUCUGCUAGACAACACGGCUAAAGCAAUGGAGUGUUACUCCAAGUCGGACCAAGCCCGGGGCGGUGACGAUCGAGGAUACAUCCCCGCCAAAUUUGGUCUGGCCCAGAUGCGAGUUGUCAUGCAAGAUUAUGACGGUGCAAAAUUCAGAUUGGAGAAGAUACUCCAACAGCAACCCACUGCUGAAGCACAGACGCUGUUGGGCACAUUGUAUGCAGAGGACGUUUUCAAUGCACAAGCUGCCAAAUCUUCAGAAGACAAAUCGGCUGAGUUGAAAAAAGCCCUGAAGUAUCUCGAAGAUGUGCAAAAGGCCUGGAAAGACCCCAAGAAAAAGCUGGUUCCCGAUUCUGCGGUGCUGUUGAAUCUUGCCAGGCUGUACGAAGCGGACCAUCCCGAAAAGUCUCUCAAAUGCUUAGAGGAGGUUGAGCAGAUGGAGCUCGAUGCUAUUCCUGAAGAGGACUACCCUGAGGAUAUCGAAGACGAGAACGAGCGUAAAACUGCCCUCCGCGAGCUUCUGCCCCCUCAGCUUCUCAACAACAUGGCGUGCUUUCAUUACCAAUCCGGGCGUUAUCCACGAGCUCGAGAUCUAUUCCAAACGGCACUCAACGCCUGUGUGAAGGCAUCAGCUAAGGACGAAACCAGUGACACUGACGCCCUCGUAACCUCCAUCAGUUAUAAUCUUGGUCGGACUUAUGAGGUUGAGGGAAUGCUCGACGAUGCUAAAGGUGUAUUCGAAGGUCUUCUGAAGCGCCACCCGGAGUACAUUGAUGCUCAAGUUCGACUUGCAUACAUCGCAUUGCGACAGAGUCCAGGUGAUGAAGGGCCGAAAGCCGUCAAAGAGCUUUUCACCAAGCAUGAAAGCAAUUUGGAAGUCCGAGCAUUGUAUGGGUGGUAUGUCAACAAGUCCAAACCGAAGCGAGCACCUGGCCAAGCGGAAGAUCAAGAGCAAAGACACUAUAAACACACGCUGCAAAAGUUCGAUAAACACGAUCGAUACUCCCUCACUGGCAUGGGUAACACACAUCUUUCAACUGCCCGAGAGAUGCGCGGCGAAGAAUUGCGAGACAAACGUCGCAAAACCUACGAACGCGCUGUUGAAUUUUACAACAAGGUCUUGGAGCUUGACCCGAAGAGCGCUUACGCUGCUCAAGGUAUUGCCAUUGCUUUAGCCGAAGACAAGAAGGAUUUCUCAACAGCACUGCAAAUUUUCACUAAAGUGAGGGACACGAUCAAGGAUUAUAACGUAUACAUGAAUAUGGGACACGCGUACGCCGAGCUCAAGCAAUACGCUCGUGCAAUCGAAAAUUACGAGCUUGCUUUAUCCAAAGAUCGAGCACAUGAUAUCAACAUUCUGGCAUGUCUAGGGCGUAUCUGGCUACAGCGUGGAAGGCAGGAGGAGAACCUCAGUUACCUCAAGACUGCAUUGGAGUACUCACAACAAGCUUUGAAAAUAGCACCGUCACAAACCUAUCUUCAGUUCAAUGUCGGAUUGGUCCAAUUUCAAAUCGCAACAAUGGUCAACUCAUUCGACGAAACACAACGAACGCUUCAAGACGUCAAAGAUGCGCAAGCGGGCCUGGACGAAGCCAUUCAAACGUUGGAUGAUGUGGCGAACAAACCUGACACGCCGUAUCCCAAGAACGACAUCAAACAACGAGUUUUGAUGGGUCGGAAUACAAUCGCUUCCAAACUGCACCGAACGUUCGAAAGCCAAGCUGCUUACGAGGAAGCGAAUACGAAUAAACUUGAACAAGCUCGACAGUUGCGCAACGCAGAAUUGCAGAGACGCGAAGACGAGAAACGCAAGGCAGAAGAAGCGGCAGCCGAGCGUAGACGCAAGAUCCUCGAGGAGCGUCAAAAAUUGGAAGAGCAGGAUCGAGAAUAUAUGGAGAAGCGUGCCGACGAGGAACGCAGACGCCAAGAGCUUAUUGAUGACAGCGAGAUUCGCCGCACAGAGCGCAAGGCGAAUCGCGGAAAGGGUGGCAAGCGCAAGAAGAAUCGUGACGGUGAUGUCUCUGAUAGUGAGGGAGGCUCCAUGUCGGACGCCCCAUCUAGAAGGCGAAGAGCGACUGCUUCAGGGACGGAAGACGUGUCGGAGGGUGAAAGACCUAAGCCAAAGAAGCGGAAGUUGACGAGGAAAGCUGAGCAGCCCGGCAAAUUCAAAUCAGCCGAAUUCGUUGACAGUGACAGCGACGAUGAUGUCGAAGCCGAGGCACCUGCCGAGGAUGGGAGCAACGUGGCUGAGGAAGCAAAGGCAAGCGAUGACGAAGAUGAUAAUGUUGCUGCACCAAAAGCCACGAGGAAGACAGCGAGGGUCAUUAGCGAGGAUGAAGAUGAAGACGAGGGGGUUACAGCACCACAAGCAAAUGGUGAUGCAGCGUCGGAUGAUGAAGACGAAGAGUAA